AUGGAAGAAUUUGUGAGACAUACCAAGGACCGCGAUGACAACAUGUCCGAAAAGGCACGACUGAUAGAUCAGCAUGAUGUGUUCAUAGACGCAAUGGGUGACAAAGCAAUUUUUGCUCCCGUCGACCUGACAAGGCCCGGUCUGCUCAUUCUUGACUCAGGAACAGCGGACGGUCGCUGGCCCUUGCAUAUACGUUCCAUGUCUCCUGUCCCACAUUCGUACGUCGGCACCGACAUCGACCAGUCGCUAUACCCCGAUCCCGCGCCAGAGGGUAUGCAAUUUCGAAACCAGUCGAUCUGUGAGCCAUUUCCCAGUGAAUGGCAAGGAUCCUUUGAUCUUGUACAUCAGCGCCUCGUUAUGGCUGCUGCACCCCCGGAGACUGUGCUCUCCGUUGUCGAGAGACUGGCCGGUCCUCUGAAGCCGGGAGGAUGGCUGCAGUUGGUUGAGGUGGACACCGACACGGUGGCUGAAAAUGGGCCUGAGCUGAAGAGAUUCCUCAGCUACGCCCAGCAGAUGUCUGCUGUCGGCGGCAUGGGGCCCAAUCUUGCAAAGGAGCUUGCUGCCACAAUGCGGAAGGCAGGACUACAGAAUGUGGCACAACAGUCGAUUGAUGUGAUGUAUGGAUUCCGUAACAAGGAUGAAGUCUUGAAGCAGAAGAGCAUCAACAGCCUCUGCAAUGCAGUUCCGCCUCUUAUGCAGGGUGUUCGGAUGAUGCUGCCCGACAAGUAUAGUCAUAAGGAAGCCAUGACUUUCCAGACAAGUCUGCGGAACGAGUUGGAGGAAUUUGGUGGUUGUACAAAGCUCUUAGUUGUCUGGGGUCAGAAGGUGUGA